AUGAGAAUACCUUUAGAAUUACUGCCCUUUAGCAGUCUUUCAUCGCUAGAUCUGUUCGGGUCGCUGUUAGGUGACUCAAGUUCAUCGGCAUCAUGUCCUUCGGACUUGCCAUUAACGUGUUCUAACCAUACAGCUAUUGUCGAUACCUGUUGUUUUGAAUACCCCGGUGGUAUAAUGCUGCAAACCCAGUUUUGGGACUACACUCCACCGCGAGGCAUGGAUUCUGGUCCCUGGAACGACGACCUUGAAAAACAUCUGGGUCCGAAUACCUCAUUCACGAACCAUGGGCUGUGGCCAGACAACUGCGAUGGUGGUUAUCAACAAUUUUGUGACAACUCCAGACAGAUAGAUGAUGUAUACCACUUGUUGCAAUCUGAGCAGUUCAACCGGGACGGACUGGAAAUCCGGGGUAAAGACCUGCUGGACAACAUGGACAAGUUUUGGAAAAGUAACACCGGAGACGAUGAGUCUUUGUGGAUCCACGAAUUCAACAAACAUGCCACCUGUAUCAAGACUCUAAGGCCCGAAUGCUACGCUAGGUGGGAUGGCUCCAGUGGCUCCAAAAACGUGGAGGACUACAACAAAAAAACGGUCUACGACUACUACAGGAUCGCUAUGAAGCUGUAUAAAAGUUUGGAUACUUUCAAGGCGCUUGAAAAACAUGGAAUCGUCCCCUCAACAACCAAAAGUUAUACCCGCGACCAAAUCAGCCAAGCAUUGAGCUCUACAUUCCAAGACAAAAAAGUGUUCUUCAAAUGCGACCGCAGCAGAGGCCUAAAUGAAAUCUGGUAUUACCAUUUGCUGAAGGGAAGCUUGUUGAGUGAAGAUUUCAGAGCAAUUGACGCCCUGGGUGCCACUUCAAACUGUCCACCAGAUGGUAUAAUGUUCUAUCCUAAAGGUUAUAGGCCUGGGAACGGGCGGAGACCUGGGAACCCCGGACAUGGAAAUCGUGGCACCAGAGGUGUUAUUCGCAUCAGUGGAUUCCCUGGUAUGAUAAUCAGGAACGGACAUUGGAUGUCCUCUGGCACACCAGCCAAUUUCGAUCUUAUCGAGGCGCCCUUUGGAAACUACUAUCUCAAGUCCAGAACUGGAUAUUGUGGGCCUGAUGACCGUCACGAUGGCGCGUUAGCUUGCAACAAGGGCGUGGGUAAUGCAGCACAAUUCGAAUACGAUGACCAGAAGGGGUACCUGGGAUUGUCUGGUAGUUUUGGUUGGCAUGCUGAUGAAUAUCCAAGAAGACGUCAACAGUCUCUAGUCUACGCUGGUCGUUCUGAAGAUUCGAAGUACCCUUUCAAACUAAAAUUUGUUAAAACUCACUAA